AUGUAAAUUUAUGUUUUUUGUCAUAGUCCGUUUGAGCGUUCUACCGGACCGAUUUCCAUGAUUUUUGCGGUCAGCGACAGGUGAUAGGCCCCAGAUGAGCCCGCUCCCAUCAGAUUUUGGAAGUAGGACCCAGGCUUUUUUACAAUGAAGUUAUAAAAGUGAGCGAAUUAACAGAAUUCACCGCAACCUGCUGCCGCUAUGCGCAGAAGGUUGCGCAGUAGCCGAGGAACUGCGCAUCAGCUCUACUUAUCAACACAAGAAUCCCAAGAUUCGCCUCGGAAACUUCAAUAUCUGCGGUGGCCGAGUCGUCUAAUUGUAAGACGUCGGAAACGGUCACAUUUUUCAGGAUGUGGGUUCGAUUCCUGACUCCUCAGGCACUUAAUUUGUGACCUGCUAAUCAUCCUUCGUUGUUUUACUGCAAUGUUUCAUUAAUCAGUCAUUGCAAAACGCGUCCUUUCGACUAUAGAAUUGUUUUUUCUUUAUUCAUCAAAAACAAAAAUCAUUUUAUUAUGUAGCAGUUGGUAGUGUGUAUGAGUAGUGAUAUUGUCGCUACUUAGGUGUCAGGCCUGCUGGGCAAGGUUGUAUCUUUAUCAAUACAUUCUGUCGUUAUGUCACGCAACUCGUGCUCUUCUCUUUUCCGUCAUCCUUAAUUUCUUCCGAUAUAACAAAUGGCGACGAGUUUAAUUUCUUCCGAUCUUCAAAAUUCGGAACUCUCUCUCUUCAACGUGUUUUUGCGUUAACGGUCGCGUUUUCCUCGCGCUAUCGCUCGACCCCGUGCCGUGAAGUGUGCAUCGCAUCAUGUCGGAUGGUGAAACAGGUCCUCCUCAACCUCAAGGCCUCGAAGCUAAACUCGCCCAAUUAACUGACUUGGUCCUGCAGCUUGCCGCUUCCCAAUCUUCACCGACGGUCCAAUCCGCCUCCCGGUUCUCUUUUGAUGCUUUCUCCACAACGUCUCAAGAACAGAUAGAGGAUUACUUCGACAGGUUCGAACUCAAAUUGAACUUAUGCCAUGUGCCUAAAACUCAAUGGGCAAACCAGGCUCGAGUGCACAUGGGCCCCGAGUUAAAUGCAUCAUUAAAUGCUCUUUGUUUUCCUGUCCUUCCUAGCUCGCUUGACUUUGCAUCACUCAAAAACAAGCUCAUUUCUCACUAUGCCAAAUCGCGUAACAAAUUUAGUGAAGCCAUCACCUUCCGGAAGAUUCAUCAGCACGCUGAUGAGUCUAUAUCAGAUUUUGUGUCUCGCCUCAAGACCGGUGCGCGAUAUUGUGAGUUUGGCGACUUCCUAGAUUACUCGCUUAGUAUCCAGUUCAUCCACGGCCUGUUUAGCGAUGACAUCCGCGAUGAAAUUGUAACGAAGCAACCUGCCAACUUCGAUGCUGCUGUCGCUGUGGCGACUAACCUCGAAUCUUCCUUUCAAGCCUCUGCCAUCCUCAAGCCCACUUCUGCCCAACACUCAACCACUAUCAGCAAGUUUUCACAUGAAACUAGACCCAAACUCAAGAAAAACUCAGGAAACUAUCGGAGCCGCAGUCAUCCUCACAGUAAGAACUCACACCGCAGCCCUUCUCACAGCCGGAGGAACUCUUUGCAAAAAUUCGUGGCUGUAAAUACUUUUGCAAGCUGGAUGUUAAGGACGCAUUCAUGCAUCUUCGGUGCUCUCAGGCUGCAUGCGAAGCGAUGACUUUGAACACUCCAACGCAUGGGUUAAUCCAGCCUACAAGAGCGCAGUACGGUGUCUCUAAUAUCCCUGCUGCCUGGCAACGUCGUCUGGAGCAAAUUUUAAAAGGUAUCAAAGGA